CACAUCAUGGACGCUGGUCUGACCUGCAGGACCAGGACCAGGAUUCUGUAUCUGCUGUUCUUUGCUGUUGCAGGCCUCAGCUCCGGGGAUGACGGCUGGUCCAUAAACGUGCAGCCGGAGGUUCGAGCAAUGGACGGUUACCCAGUGGUGCUGCCCUGCACCUUCAGCCACCCGCAGCACUCCCAGCAUGCCUCGCUGCAGGUGCUGUGGCGUCUGGGCCACGGGCCGAGCGCCACUGUUCUGUUCCGAUGCACCUGCCGCGCCGGGGCCCCCACGUGCGAGCCGGGGCCCCAGCAGGACCAGCGCUACCGGCUGGAGGGAAACCCUCGAGAACACGACCUGUCGCUGCGCAUCAACAGCGCCACCCUGCAGGACAGCGGGCGCUACUUCUGCAGGGUGGAGGUCCAGGGACGAGAACACGUCAGCUUUGAGGACAAGAUGGGGACAAGACUCAGAGUGGAGGCGCCUCCAAAGAUCCUGGCUCUGUCAGUAGAGGGCAGCAUUGAGUCCGGGUACACGGCUCUGUGCAGGGUUCAGGGUUCACCGCUGCCGGACGUCCAGUGGCUCGGCCCAGAUGACCUCCUGCAGGGGUCGCUGCUCGGCCCGCCGGUCCACCCGCUGGGUCAGGGCGCCGCCACUCACUACCACACCGUGAGUCAGCUGAGAGACGUGGAGGCGGGGCAACAGUACACCUGCAGCGCCUCCAACCCUCUGGGCAAAGAGCAGGCCACACUGUAUGUCCUGACCCCGCGACCCCCGCCAUCCGUGGGCGGGGCAUCACCCACUCUCCUUCUGCUCCUGUCUGUGUCUGUGGGGGCAAAGGUCGUCCUGCUGGUGGGGAUGGGGGUGUGGUUGGUGCAGGGCAGAACUCUGCAGGGAGUCAGCUGCUGGAGGAAGUGACAUCACUGUCACUGUGUUCAAAUGUUGCUGAUUUUUAAAAGUCUGCUUGUAUGAACGACUGACACAUUUUCACUGUAAGGUGAGGCUGACAUAGAUUUGAUGAAUUUAGCAGCUAAAAUCACAGUGUGAGCCUCUGUGUUAGUGUGACUGUGUCAGUUCCUCAUAUAUCACAAAUCUAUCCCUCCAUGUUUAUUUAUAUUCUGUUUGAUUUUUUUCAAAUGUGAUGAAUUAUA